UGCGCCUGCAAACUGGGCCGGUACCGUCACCUGGGCCUGGACUGAUGGGUGACCCGGCCUCACCUCGAGGGACACGAGGAGGCUCGCCUCUCCCUUUAUUUUUGUUUAUUUUUUUUUGGAAAUCCCAAUCCACGUUUAUCUAUUUAUUUUAUUUUUUGAUUUUUAUUUAUUUACGAUAGUCACAGAGAGAGAGAGAGAGAGAGGCAGAGACACAGGCAGAGGGAGAAGCAGGCUCCAUGCACCGGGAGCCCGACGUGGGAUUCGAUCCCGGGUCCCCAGGAUCACACCCAGGCGCCCAACCGCUGCGCCACCCAGGGAUCCCUCACCUCUCCCUUUAAAACUGUUCUAUUUUUCUGACCUAGAAGAGCCCACUGGGCCCUUUGCCCAGCAAUGUUAGCGUCCCUGCUGCUGUACCAAAUUCUGGCCUCAAACACAAAACUAGAAUUUUCCUGGUUAACGUUCCAGCCCCGCAAUCUCCGGGCCGCUCCACAUCAGACAGGCUUUGCAAAGGGUAGGGGAAGCCACGAGGCCUAGAAAAGAAAGCGACCUCCCUUUUACAGAUGAGGAAGCUGAGGUUUAGGGGACUUGGUUUACCCAAGAUGGCCCGGUCAGUCCGAGGCAGAGCUAGGUGGGGAAUCUAGUGCCAGCUCUUUCUGUUGCAGACACAGCCUAAGUUCCUGGAUGACCCCAAGAUACCUUUGCACAGGCUGAAACUGGAGGGAGCUAAGAUGUCUUCGUAGUUUAUUUGUGUGGUUUCCCACACCAAGGACUCUGCUGGACUUUGGAGGCCCUGAAUUACUGGUAGAAAGAACACAGGCUCUGUAGAAAGACUAGGCUUGGUUUUGGGUCCUCCUUCUUACCAGUACGAUCUUGGACAAGUCACCAGAGCUCUCUGAGCCUGGUCCCCAGAAGUAAAAUAGAGUCACAGCUUCAGUUGCGUCCUUCCUGGUGUGGUGCCAAGACCAAGUGUGUGAAGGUCUUCGUAAACUAAUUUCACUGCACACAAUACCCACGUAAGAGAUGAAGUUACUCUGUGGGUAACGGCUCUUGUGCUGCUCCCGGGCACAAAGGCAGCCCUAUGCCCGACGUGAAUCCGUCUGUCUUCUGGCAGCCAAGCGCAGGUGCUGCUGCCACCUUCACUGUGAGUAGACCCGGGGAGCAUCCACAGGAUUUCGAAUCCUCUGGCAGUUCAUUGCGAAGGUGUGGAUUCAGCGUGCUUUAGAGCCUUCCCCACCAUGGAAAGGCCAGAAUUUGCUCAAAGGAACCAAGUGCCUGCAAGGAAAUGCCCCUCGACAGGCUCAGCUGUGCUGCCCAGGGCCACCAGGCGGCGCUGGGAACCUGCCCUCUGGGCCUCUGUUGGGCUGCUGUCUCUCUUUGGGUCAGAGGCAGAAGCUGCAGCCUGCUCUACAAACCUCGUUCAGCUCACACCAGCUCUUCAGAGCCUGCGUGAGAAAGGGAAUAACCGUCGUUUAUUCAGUUCUUUUUCCAUAACAGAACUCCAAGAAGCUGGUGAACACAGUGGAAGGCUGUGCUGAUGAUGCCCUUGCUGGUCUGGUGGCCUGCAACCCCAACCUGCAACUUCUACAGGGCCACCGUGUGGCCCUCCGUUCUGACCUGGACAGCCUCAAGGGCCGGGUGGCACUGCUGUCAGGUGGGGGCUCUGGCCAUGAGCCUGCCCAUGCUGGUUUCAUAGGGAAGGGGAUGCUGACAGGGGUCAUCGCAGGGGCUGUGUUCACCUCCCCAGCAGUGGGCAGCAUCCUGGCAGCCAUCAGGGCAGUGGCCCAGGCAGGCACAGUGGGGACCCUCCUCAUUGUGAAGAACUACACUGGGGAUCGGCUCAACUUCGGCCUGGCCCGGGAGCAGGCCCAGGCUGAGGGCAUCCCCGUGGAGAUGGUGGUCAUUGGAGAUGAUAGUGCUUUCACCGUCCUGAAGAAGGCAGGCAGGCGGGGACUCUGCGGCACAGUGCUCAUACACAAGGUGGCUGGUGCCCUGGCUGAGGCAGGUGUGGGGCUGGAGGAAAUCACAAAUCGGGUGAACGUGGUUGCCAAGGCCAUGGGGACCCUGGGAGUGAGCUUGUCCUCCUGCAGUGUCCCUGGCUCCAGACCCACCUUUGAGCUCUCACAGGAUGAAGUAGAGCUAGGCCUGGGGAUCCACGGGGAAGCUGGUGUGUGCCGCAUAAAGAUGGCAAGUGCCAACGAGAUUGUGACGCUCAUGCUGGACCACAUGACAGCCUCCUCCAACGUGUCCCAUGUGCCUGUGCAGUCCGGUUCCUCAGUGGUGCUGAUGGUCAACAACCUCGGUGGCUUGUCGUUCCUGGAAGUGGGCAUCAUAGCUGAUGCUGCUGUCCGCACUCUGGAGGGCCGCGGGGUGAAGAUCGCCCGUGCCCUGGUGGGCACCUUCAUGUCAGCCCUGGAGAUGCCUGGCAUUUCUCUCACCCUUCUGCUGGUGGAUGAGCCUCUCCUGAAACUGAUUGAUGCUGAAACCACAGCAUCGGCCUGGCCUAAUGUGGCCAAAGUCUCUGUGACUGGGCGGAAGCGGACCCGAGCAGCCCCUGCUGAGCCUCUGGAGGCCCCUGAUUCCACUGCUGCAGAAGGUUUGCCCUUGAAGCGGGUGGUGCUUGUGAUGGAGCGGGUGUGCACCACGCUCCUGGGCCUGGAGGAGCAUCUGAAUGCCCUGGACCGCGCUGCUGGUGACGGGGACUGUGGUACCACCCACAGCCGUGCUGCCAGAGCAAUCCAGGGGUGGCUGAAGGAGGGUCCACCCCCUGCCAGCCCUGCCCAACUACUCUCCAGAUUGUCCCUCCUGCUCCUGGAGAAGAUGGGAGGCUCAUCUGGGGCGCUUUACGGCCUGUUCCUGACUGCAGCGGCCCAGCCACUCAAGGCCAAGACAGACCUGCCAGCCUGGUCUGCUGCCAUGGAUGCUGGCCUGGAGGCCCUGCAGAAGUAUGGGAAGGCUGCUCCAGGGGACAGGACUAUGCUGGAUUCCCUGUGGGCAGCAGGGCAGGAGCUCCAAGCCUGGAAGAACCCAGGGGCCAAUCUUUUCCAAGUUUUGACCAAAGCAGUCCAGAGUGCAGAAGCUGCAGCCCAGGCCACCAAGAACAUGGAAGCUGGAGCCGGAAGAGCUAGUUACAUCAGCUCUGCAAAGCUGGAUCAGCCAGACCCUGGGGCAGUGGCAGCCGCAGCCAUCCUCCGCACCAUCCUGGAGGUCCUGCAGAGCCAGGGUGUGUGAGGGCCUCCGGGAGUGCCUCCUGGGCCGCAGGGCCUCUCUCACUGCUGUGCACAGGUGGCCAGUCACUUCCUCCUGUUUUCCCACUGUUACCCUCCCUCACCCCUUGUCCCUGUAGCCUGUCCUGAGUUCAGCAGAAAACCCUCUGCCAGCCUCCAGAAUUCCUACAGGAAUGCAGGCUGAGUGGGUCACUUACUGCUUUAGCCCUGCCUUUUCUCACUUCUGGGGUCAUGCCGCUCUGCCCCCAGCCACCUUGGGGCCUCAGUGAUACGCAUUUUCCUAGGGUGGCAACAUGGCCUUUAAUUGGCCAUGCUAAUGUGGUUUUAAGGCUCCCUGAGAAAGGCCUGACCAUGAGUGAGUGUGGAAAAGCAAGCGAAUAAAAAAACCAGAUUGAAACAAGA